CGCAUUGGCGAUCAGUCCAGUGGCGGUUAGCGGCGGUGUCGUUCGUGUCCUGUUUCCGUACUACGUGUUCUGACGGGGCACGAGGAAAUUCCUGCGAGUUCCACGUACUCGAUUCGUAGCAAAAUGAAGCCGCUUUACGUGAUCUGUGCGGUGCUGGGUCUAACCAUCGGCUCGCUGUUGUUCACCGCAAACGGUGCACCACUGGAACCGACUGCGGCGAAUAAUAAUCCCGUCGCUUCUGCGAAUUCUACAGCAGCAGUGGUACCGGCACCGGUGACAGUGACGGGGGCAAAGAAUGACUCUGAUACUCCCAAGGUCACAACAGUCGACUCAACAACAACCGCGGUACCGGAAAAUUCGUCCAUAACGGAUAAGACAACCCCGAAAGCUACUACCGUUUCGACUACUACUACAACUGCUACCACAAAACCUACCACAAAAAGUCCAGACAUCACCACAGCUGUACCUACCAAUGCUACUACGACUUCCACGACGACCCCUACGACGAGCACUACCACAACCCUGGCACCGGUAACAUCACCCAGCACCACAGCAGCUCCGACAGCCGCGGCGGUGACAACGGCCUUGCCGCCAUCAACAGCAUCACCUUCCAAGGAUCGCCACUUUGAUGGUUUGAGCUUCUUUGGUGGCAUCAUCCUGGCGACAUGUCUGAUGGCAGUCGCUGCCUUCUCGUGGAAGUUCUACAGACAAUGCAACGAGAGGAAUUACCGUACACUGUGAUAACGUGCAAGGCUUUAACCAGACACUCUCGACAACUAACUGCGUAGUUUAAUCGAAUUAAGGACUAUGAAUAAUUAUUUUACUGUAAUAAUAUUGCGUAUUUUUAUAACGCAGUUAAGUGUUGCGUGGUUUAAGUGCUCUUAGUAAUGUGAUGUGCGACCACGAGUUCCGUUUUCCUCGAUAUAUAUAUACACAUAUAUAUGUAUAUGUAAAUAUCGAUGUACACGUAUAUCUAAUUGCAAAGAGUCAAGUUAUAUGAAAGUAACGACGUCGUUGUGUUUGUACGCGCGUUUUUCAUUAGUGGGUGAAAGAGAAAUGUGACAAGUUGGGUGAUGUAAGUAGUUGGCUAGAGAAGUGGGAACGUCUGGGAGAGAAUGAGAAAAAAAGGCGUGCGUUGAACGUACAGGAACUAAUGAACCAAUUAAACGUACAUUCCACAAGAGGAAGAUAGAGAAAGGGCGAGAAAGAGAGAGAGGGAGAAAUUAUAGGCCUCUAGCGCGUUAUCCCACUUCUCGUUAGUUUCCGCUCGAACUCCUGUACAACUGUCUCGCGGUAAAACACAAGUCGUAUCCUUAAUCUACGGGUUAUUACCGUAUCCCCAUGACGGAGUUACGUAAGGUUUGAUUUUUCUACGAAAUGGGGCGGAGGGGAGAGAGAGAGCGCGCGGAGAAAGCGCUCGGGAGCGCUCGAUCGCGGUAGUAACGCCACGACGAUGUCGACUCAUAAAAUGAAUCUCCGGAACGUUCUGAUUUUAAACGGACAUGCGGCGAGCGAUAUAUAUAUAUAAAUAAAUAAUCCGACGAUUAUUUAUUUAUGAUCGGUACAGAUUUGCGAUGUAUCGGGACACAUCGGGACGUGUGCGCGGGACACCGAGUUGACGGCGGGUCGUUAUCGAAGAAGGUUGAUAAUUGUGUGGCAUGGUCGCACGGUAGGCCGAUAACUCCUUGAACAACGAAGUGGGACUCGCUGUGCUUUUGCCGUACAAUGUUUCUCCCGGCGAAAUCUUCGCACGGUUUAACGCGUGGAUAAUCCUGCAAACAUCUCGGCAGUAAUGCUUGUAUAAUCAAAACGAAUCGUAAUUUUUUUUCCCCAGUUUUUCGGUCGAGCAUCGAAUCUUUGUGGUUUGCUCGCUGUCUUCUGAAAAAGCGAGCUUACGUGACGGUGUUUAUGGCGCGCAACAAUUUUGUUUUCUUUAAUCAAAUUAUUUUGUCGAUUUCGUUCGAGUAUUAUCGAUUGAUUAUUUACGCGUUGUAAUCGCGCGUAACCGCAGACGUGCUAUGAAAACAAAUCUUCUAACUGUUCGACGUUCGACUUAUUCGACGAAUAGAAGAGCCUAACUAUCUGUAAACAGUUCCUCCCUCACGCGCUCGCGCAUAAGGCGAGUUAAACUACAGGAAAGUGAUUGGGCAAUGUUCUUUAUGUAACUUUUCAUUAUAUUUUCUUUAACGUAUUACUGCAAAUUAGUUUAUUAUAUUUUUCACAGCGAGUAUGUAAUUACAAGAUAGUAUCUUAAGUAAGUGUUACAUUACGAGUAAUCUUAAGAAGCGAUUACCUAGCUAUGUCACGUAUUCUUAUAUUAAAAAAAAAGCAGAAAAAAACCCAUAUUAUACUUACGCCUCGUGCAAUAUCCGUGUAAAAUCAUAGGUUCUUUUCGUUUUGUCUUAAGUUAUACGUCAAAUUGGUACAAUAUUGAGAGACCAAAGAUACA